GCCGAGUAGUCGGACCGGCUGCUGAGACGAACGCUUCACUGGGGCAGUCUCCGCAUAUCAUGGGGAAAUAGACGCUGCUGCCUUUGAUUGGCCUUGGUCCUCACAGCUCCAAAAAGAAACAGGAUCUCGAUAAGCUCUAUGAGCUGAAGUCCAAAGCUCGGCAGAUUAUGAACCAGUUUGGCCCCUCAGCCCUAAUCAACCUCUCCAAUUUCUCAUCCAUAAAACCGGAACCAGCCAGCACCUCUCCACAAGGCUCCAUGGCCAAUAGCACUACAGUGGUAAAGAUACUGGGUACUCCUGGGACAGGAGGGUGUCUCAGCCCUGAAAACAAUCAGGUAUUGACCAAGAAGAAAUUACAAGACUUAGUAAGAGAAGUGGAUCCUAAUGAGCAAUUGGAUGAAGAUGUGGAGGAGAUGCUGCUGCAGAUUGCUGAUGAUUUUAUUGAGAGUGUGGUGACAGCGGCCUGCCAGCUUGCUCGGCAUCGCAAGUCCAGCACCCUGGAGGUGAAAGAUGUCCAGCUGCAUCUAGAACGCCAGUGGAACGUGUGGAUCCCAGGAUUUGGCUCUGAAGAAAUCCGACCCCACAAAAAGGCUUGCACCACAGAGGCCCAUGAACAGAGAAUGGCACUGAUCCGGAAAACAACCAAGAAAUAACACACGGGAAGGUCAGGGAAGGGACAACAAUGUAUUUGGAGAUACUUGAGCUGAGACCUCAGCCAUCUCAUCCUUGGAUUUUUUUUUUAAUGCUUUACAGAGAAGCAUAUAUUUUUUAUUAACAGUGCAGCAAUAUCUAUAAUGACUGAGAGGAUCUGCCAAAAGAAUAAAGCCUCCUACCCCCCCCAAAAAAAAAAUUUCUAGGGGACAUGAUUGAUGGAAACAUUUCAGUUUUGUGGCAUUGUCCAGAUAAGCUCCCACAAAAUAGAUGUUCAAUGACAAUUAUUUCUUCUAAAGUUAACUUAGGUCCAUGAUUUCUUCGAACUCCACAGUGGCUAUGAGACAACUAAAAAGGAAAUAUACUUCUUGGGGGUGUUUCCCUAUCUAUAGCUGAUUUAAUGGAAAGUAUUUUGAAGAAUCUUAGGAGACUACAUCCAGUUUCCACCAUAAGUAAGGGCGUCUAUGGACUAAAAGAAGUAUUCCUUAGUGCUCCUUGUGUCCUUGGAGAGAAGGGCAUUACAGAUCUCAAAGGUAAAGCUGAUCCCUGAAGAGGAGGCUCGUUUGAAAAAGAGUGCAGAAACUCUUUGGGAAAUUCAGAAGGAGCUCAAGCUUUAAAGUUGCUUAAAGCUUCCAUUCUGAAGUUAAGG